GAGAGUGCCGAGCCGAACACGCUGGAUGAGAGCAGGCAGAGAGGGGAUCGGCAGACAGCGCAACGACAAAUAGACAGAGAGGCUCUUCAACGGAGGGACGUGUGGUUGAGUGUGUGUGGUGUAAAGCCGAGAGUAUUCUUGUCGCUUCACCGAAGAAGGAUGAAGCCAGAAGCACACACACACAAGAUGAUGCCAGUGAGUGUGUAUGAGUCGGUGGUUCCGAAACCUCGUGGGUGGUUGCCGCAGGUGUGUGGUGUGCUGGUCAGCGUCGUGUGUGUGCUGCUGGCGCAUGUGUGUGUGUCCGACAGCACCGGGCUCUACCAGGCCACCGAGCUGGUCCUCUACGGCCUCAGUGUGGGGGUCAUCCUGCAUGCAGCCUGUCUACUAGUGGAGGAGGCCACCGCACAUUUCACACAACGGCACAACAGCAGUGUGAGCGGAAUGCUGCGGGCGUGUGUGUGUGGGAGAGUGCAGGCCGCGGUGGCGCUCCUGUCCCUAGUGUGUGUGUUCCGCGGACACGCUCUCAGUGGGGACGAGAUAGGCCGCGUUCUCCUCCUAGCCACCUGCUAUCUACUGCUCAAGAUAUCUGGGCUGCUGGCUCCAAGUGCAGUGGAGAUCUCUGAGAUCUGUGAGUCGCAACGGAUGAAUGUGGCCCAUGGGUUGGCCUGGUCGUUCUACCUGGGCUAUCUGAAGUUAGUUCUCCCCUCGCUGGACGCCCGAGUGGAGCUGUAUAACAAGCAGAGGCUUGGCCAUGCACUAGAGGGCGCUCUAACAGGGUCCAGGGCGUCCUGUCUCAACAUCCUGGUACCCCUCAGCGCCUCGGUCAGCGCCCGCCUGGAGGAUGACGACCCGCGCGUCCGUUUCCAUGACAGCCUGCCCACGCUGGAGAUGGACCGCGCCGGCGUGCGGAACAGAGUUUACAAGAACAGCGUGUACAGCGUCACCGACGCCAACGGACAGGUCCAUAACUGUAUCCUGGAGUCGGCCACGCCCCUGGUGACGAUGUACCACAUGUCCCAGGAGACCAGCGCCGCGUUCGGGCUCUCUGAGCGGCGCCAGCAGGUCCUGCUCUUCUACAGAACCCUGCGCAACAUUCUGGACAGCUCGCUCGAGUGCCGCAACCGCUACCGACUCAUCCUGCUGGACGACACACGCGCUGGCGAGCCUCACUUCCUGUCCACGGAGAUCCUGAAGCACCUGCAGCAGCAGGACAGGGAGGAGUUUCCCAUGGAGCCACACACACCCACACACACGGAGGAGACGGGCGCUAAGGCGGCCAAUGGAACGGCGUCUCUGCCCCACGGUCCAAUGAGCAGCACCACCCUCAUGAUCAGCGGCGACAGCGACAGGACGCUGGUGGCGGACAUGCCACACACGCUCCGCUGCCAGCCCGAGGAGAACUCGGAAUUCUAAGCACAGAAUGAACUGCGACACUACUAUGAGUUUUUUUUGAUUGCUUUGACCUGGUUGAAGAAACUGGUGACCUCUCAGUCUUCAUCAUCACUCUCUCAGCAGAGCAAAAGACACCUCUUGCAAAUGAGUUAACCCAUUGUCAUUGUUUUGACACACUUCCCGCACCCUUUUGCAAAUCAGUUAACGCAGAUGUCAUUCAAGCAGUCCAAACUCCAUUGCUUUAGCUGUGGUAACCAAACAGAAACUAUAUGUUCCCAUCUCUUAGAAACUUCUUGCCCAGUAUGAAAUCACCGAAGCACCUGUUUGACACUGCUUCACAAAACUUUUCAAUUUGCAAUCAGUCUGCAGGCUUACAGUAAAAGGUGCCAUGUUGUGUGUUGUAACUUGCAAGCAUGGAUGAUCAAGGCAGAUGAGAGUGAGAGUAAGAAUUGACUAGAAGAGAUUUUUUUCUUUAUUGUACAGAAUUUAUAUUUUUAUUUUCCUUAUGUCUUACACAGUGAUGGAUUUUACUGGAUUUUUUUUGGAUUCUUUCAUACUACAGUAGGCUAUAUAUGUGGUUUCUGUUGGAAUACUUCAUUUCUUAGCUACAAUCUCUCAAAAGAAAAAAAUAAUGAAUACUGCAUUCAAUAAAAUUUGAAAAAUCAUUGUAUAUGAUUCUGGAUCUAUUUUUUUGCAAGAAAGCAAAUUGGCACUGAUAUGUAAGCUGCUGACCAGUAGUGCAGCACUGAUUCACAUUGAGAGCUGAAUUUUGUAUUUUGAUGCCCCUUGUCUAAUGACUGUUUGGAAGCGCUUAUGCACUUGUGUGCAAGUUGUGUUGUUUGAGGGCAAAAUUUGCUUUUGGUCCAUAUUUUAAAUGUUUUGGAGGAGUUAGAGCCUUUUGCAGGCAAAAUGAGUCAUUUUGACCAUUGGUGCCACUGUUUAGGCCUUUGCGUUAAAAGUUUUGAAAAAUGUUUUUUUGAGUCGACUACUGCGUCAAAGCAAUACAAAAAAACUGUAAUGGUAAAAAAAAAUCAGCAACGCUGUUCUUCAAGCAAGUUAUCGC